AUGAUGGAGAAGCUCAAUAUUAUCAGCCAACACAAGCCAUUGAAGAAAAGCAGCGUGGCUGCGUACUACCCUAUGGCCGUUGGCCUCAACAAGGGCCACAAAGUAACCAAGCACGUGAGCCAGGAGAGGCACAGCUGCCGCCAUGGGCACCUCACCAAGCACACCACGUUCGUGCGGGACAUGAUCUGGGAGGUGUGUGGCUUUGCACCUCAUGAGCUCUGGGCCAUGGAGCUGCUCAAGGUCUCCAAGGACAAGCAGGUGCUCAAGUUCAAGAGAAGGGUGGGGAAACACAUCCGUGCCAAGAGGAUGCAAGAGGAGCUCAGCAAUGUCCCGGCUGCCAGGAGGAUAGUGGCUACCAAGAAGGACUGA